AAACCGGUAACGGGUGGGUUUACCAUCUUUGGCUUCUACUGUAUGUAUAAAAACGAAGGUGGAUGGAAGGGAUGCAUAUUAUACAGAAGCGUGGUCCACGAGUUCUUUGAACUGAGAAGCAAAGAGAGAGAUGGAUUGGUUCUCGUGGCUUUCGAAAACUGGGCUUGAGCCAUCUCUGGUGUACGAGUAUGGCCUCACUUUCGCUCACAACGAGCUUGAAGAAGAUGACAUGUUUUACUUCAACCACGAGUUUCUCCAAAGCAUGGGAAUCUCCAUAGCAAAGCACAGGCUAGAGAUCCUCAAGCACGCCAGAAAAGAGAAGGGAAAGAGCCCACGCGCGGUGGCAAAGCUCGUGGUGGCAAUCAAGAGGACGAAGAAGAACUUGGCUGACUAUGUGAGGACGCUGAUGCACAGAGAAGAAUCAUCAUCAGCGCUUGUGGUGGUGCCACCACCAAGGUCUAGGAAUGGUUUAGGGACACGGUGGAAGAUUGCAACGAUGAAGAGGAGCAAAAAGUUGGUGGUGGCCAAGCAAGAGCCACUCUUUCUAACAAAUGGAAGCCCCACUGUGGUUCCGGCUCAUCCUGUUCUUGAGGGUUUUUCUAGUCCUGUGGUGUAUCAUUUCCAGAAGGAUAAGAUGGACGGUGAUGGUGAUGAUGAUGAUGGAGAUGGGUACUGGUCUGCUGCUGUUGAAGAGAUCAAGUGGGAUACCAUGUUUCAGGAUCUAAAGCCUAAUUGAAGUUUUCUCUUUUCUUUAGAGAGUUGAAUUGAAGGUUCUUUACCUGAGAGAUUUUAGUGUUUUGCUUCUUUCAGAUCAGGGUAAGUUUUGCACCCUUGUCUGUUCUAUAGUGUUCAGCUACUUUCUUUUUCUUGUACUGUUAUAUAUGUUCAUUUCCUUUAGAUUUGGUAGGGGAAAAGAUGCAUCAGUUUGAGUCACCAUGAGCAGAGAAAUAUUGAGGUAGAUAUUUAGCUAGGUUUGUUAUACAGCAAGAAGUAUAUAAUUUGUACUCUGAAUCAUAAGCAGUUAGGCACUGUAUUACUCUAAUGGUGAGAUCAAAUUCAAGACUUCUAUAUCUAAUUUCUUUGGUAA